ACUUUGACUUGAGCAGGAAGCGCAGCAAGACUGAAACUCUACAGUCUUUUGAGGAGAGGAGCUCUGCUGACAGGUUUUACUGCUUGGGACGAUGAGAGGUGCACUUUUGCUACACUUGACCCUUCUCGUCAGCAUUGGUCAUGGGAUUGAUCUAGAGGACAAAAAGGGGCCAUUAAUAGAUAUGGUUUUAGAUGUGCCAGAGGCUACACCUGUGCCUUAUGCCUUCUUCAAGUUUACAUCUGCAGUUGAAGACGUUUCUUCAUACCAUGUAAGCGGAGAGACCGAAGAUAAGGUCAGGAUCUCCUCGGACGGCUGGCUGUACUUGGAGCAACCUCUGGAAUGGAGCCCUGAGAAAAAACACCAUCUACUUAUUGAAGCACUUUCAGAAGAUGGUAAAACUCUUGAUGGGCCUGCCCGGGUUGUACUGCAAGUGAUUGAUGUCAAUAACAAUCCUCCUGUCUUUAGUGAGAGUCAGUACAGUGGCAGUGUUAGAGAGCACUCUCCUGCAGGAGUUCCAUUCGUGCAGGUGUUUGCUUCAGAUGCGGAUGAUCCCAACACAGAAAACACUCAGCUGAGGUUCAGCAUUGUAAAUCAAAUCCCCAUUGUCGGGCAAACAUUUUUCUUUGGCAUAAAUCCAAACAAUGGACAGAUAUUUACAACAGAAGAAGGAGCAGAGUUUCUGAAGGCCAGACCUAGCGUAACGUACAGCCGUGGGGAGGUUCGAGGCAGUCCUGACGUCCUGAAGAAAAAGUUUGAGGACUAUUGUAUUCCAAAGAACAACAUUGCACUGGAGAACAACCCCUUUUACAAAUGUGUUGAACGUGCAGAAAGAAGAACAGUGAAUGUUCUCCAGGAUCCUGACUAUGCACUGAUUGUUCGGGCUGAGGAUUUGGGAGGCAACGCUGUGAACUCAUUGAGCAGUACGACACGGGUCAAUAUAGCCAUCCUUCAAAACCUCUGGGUCAGUCCUGGACCAAUCACCAUUAUAGAAAAUACAGAUGAGGAAUACCCUAUGUAUCUUGCCACAAUGAGAGCAAAUAAUCCCACUGCACUGUACAGACUGGAACAGAAAGAAAGACUUUCCUUCCCCUUCACCAUCAAUCAGGAUGGAGACAUUUAUGUUACCGGUCCACUGGACAGAGAAGAGAAAGAAAUGUACAUACUGGUAGUCAUAGCAGAAGAUGAACAGGGUGUGGAGCUGGAAAAACCCAUGGAGAUUCCUGUGCUGGUGCAGGAUGUCAAUGACAACCCUCCUAUAUGUGAUGAAGCUUUGUUUGAGGUGCAGGAAAAGGAGCCCGUAGGUAAUUCGAUUGGUCAUCUGCCUGCUCAUGACAAUGAUAAAGAGGGUACACUAAGCUCAGCUUUAACCUACACUCUCCGGAGCCAGACACCCACCAAGCCAAGUGACAAAAUGUUCUCCAUCGACCCAAACACUGGUGAAAUCAAAGUGGCCAAUCAAAACUUCCAGAGAAAACAAGUGCCUCAGUAUGAGCUCACCUUUGAAGUGACUGAUCAAGUUUACCUCACGAAAUGUAAAGCAAUCAUCAAGGUGAUCGAUAUCAAUGAUGAGAUCCCUAUCUUCGAGAAAAACGAUUAUGGAACUUACAGUGUUCCCGAACUGGCUGAAGUGGGCACAACUUUGCUCAACAUUAAAGCCACAGAUGCGGAUGAUACAGGAACAGGAAGCUCUAGAGUGGAGUAUCACAUCACAGCUGGAGACCCUCAGAACCUCUUCGCCAUUGAGGUUGAUGAAGAGACUGGAGAGGGCAGAGUCUACAUCGCUCAGCCACUGGAUUAUGAGCUCCAGAGCGUCUACAAUCUUAAGAUUGAUGCCCGUAAUCCCGAGCCCCUGAUCGCAGGAGUGGAAUAUAAUGACAGUUCCACUACAUCUGUUGUCAUUGAGCUGGUGGACGUGGAUGAGCCUCCAAAGUUUGAAGUGGAGGGGCUUAAUGUCAAUGUGCCAGAAAACAUCACGGUUGGAACCCUACUAAUGAAAGCUGAAGCCAAGGAUCCCGAGGGAAAGACUAUCAAGUUUAAGAUGGAAGGAGAUGAACACAAGUGGUUGGAGCUGAAUGUUGACACUGGAGAGCUGAAGACUAAAGCAGCGUUGGACAGAGAGACAGUGGAUCAUCUCACUCUCACAAUCACCGCUUAUGAGACCGAGGGAAACAAGAUGGAGGCUGAGAUGAAGGUGGACAUUCAUCUGCAGGAUGUAAACGACAACUACCCUAAACUCCAGAAGACACAGGGCUUCAUCUGCCUUCAGGACAUGACCCCCUUGACCCUCACUGCUAUGGAUAAGGACGCAGACCCCUACGGAGAGCCCUUCACGUUCGCCAUCAGCCGAAAAUCACAAAACUUUGAGAUCAAACCUGUGGAUGGAACCUCAGCGAAACUGAUCCUGAAGAAGAAACCCUCGACUGAACAGAACGUCACUGUUCCUAUCAACAUCUUAGACAACGCUGGGCUUGGCAUCACACAAAAGUUUGAUGUGCGUAUUUGUAACUGCACUAAAUUGGGCUACUGUUACAUCGAGCCAGCUUCUCACAGCUGGAAACUAAGCAUGGGCAGCACCAUCGGCAUCCUGGCAGGAGUAUUCGGCGUCAUUGGUUUGUUCUUGGGCAUUUGUUUGUAUCAAAUCAAAAAGAAAGAUAAGCAGAGAGCCACAGCUGAAGGAGAGACCAAAGCUAUGCUCUAAAGUCAACACACAAACAUCAUUCAGCACACAAACUGACACCCAUCACCAUAAACACUCACACCCUUAUUUUGUUUUAUCAUUACAUUACAUUUUCAUUAAACAUUCAUGUUCAAGAUUUGCAUAAUCGGAAGACAUUAACAGUAACUUAUUUGCCAUGUGGCCUGGUUUUAUUGCAUAUAUUUAAAUAUUUGACCUUAAUUUAGAUUUUUUUUUCAAAUGACACAAAAUAUUUUUCCCCCUGUUCUUAAAGAGAAUAUAAAACUGAGUGUUUCCUGGGAAUUUUAAAUAUUUGUACAAUAUUUUUGGUACACAUAACACGAGUAUGUGAUAUCACAUUUCAUAUGAAGUAAACCUAUAAAAAAUGUAAAUCUUCUAUUUAUUCCCAAUUAUCCAAGAAUCAGCAAAAUGUGUACAAAUCUUUCCAUGUAACGCUUAUUUUGUGUUUUUGACUUUGAAUUUGAGAGAAUGUCUUGCUGAGGUCAAAUGUCGGGAUUUAUUAAAUGCCAUUCAAUUAUGAAUAAUACAAAAGGCGUUAAAAGCACACACAGAAUGACUGCAUUUUUUCUUAUUCGACUUGUAGAAAACAUAUUUGUCAUUCUGUAAAUAAAAUUCUACUUUGACCCAGAAA